AUGGGUACGGCUGACGGCAUAGGGGGGUCUAUUAAACGUUUAGCUGAUCAUUUUGUAGCCAGCGGACACGAUAUUGUUGACGCAUCACAAUUCUUCGACGCAGUCAACAAUCGUAGUAAGAUAAAGACUUACUGCCCAUUGCCGAAACAUGAGGCAGAAGUUGACAUUUCAACCUCGGAUAGAGAAGAACCACUGACUGAUAUAACUAAUAUAAUUGGUUCUACUGAGGGAUUUUAUAAGACUGUGUAUACCUCUACUUCAGAAGACGAAGAUGACCAGCCUCUUCUUAGUUUGAGAAAAUCUGUACAUACAAAACCAGGAGUAGCAAAAAGUGGAGUGGAUGAAGAUGGAGAUGUUAAAGUGAUGUUUUAUAAAUCUGUUGAUGAUACUGGAAAAAUGUUUAAACUGGUAGAGACUGAUGUGUCAGAUGUGAUGUAUGAAAAUUUGUUCCAAAUUAUUCCACCUCCUAAGUUAAUUAAAAGAGGAAAACGCGUGUUUUACGAAUACAAUCAACCAAUAGAAGUUUUUGAAAAGUAG